CUGUUGUAGGGGAAAGGGGAAAGGGUCGUUGCCAUGGUGCUGAAGGAGCUUCCUGGUAAAAAGGCAUCCUCAGAAGGAAACCCCCUCCUCACCGUGACAACCAAGCUGGUCGGCGAGCAGCAGGAGAGUCGACCUCUGCUGAGUCCUUCCAUCGAUGACUUCCUGUUAGAGAGCCGCAGCGACUCUGCUUCCAGCCGACCGCUCACCUCCAACACAGCAGUCCUGUCCACAGCUCUGGACCUGGUGGACCUUAGCGAGCCGGGGGACAGCAGCGGGGGCAGCAGUAGACCGCAGAGGAGCCCUCUGAGGAGGAAGGGCAGCUCCAGGAGUCCUCGACGGCGGGCCAGACCGGAUGAGACGGAGCUGAUCCAGGUGGAAGUAGAGCAGCUUCCUGCCAGUCCCAGAACACCUGAGAGGAUUUCUCUGGACUCAGUCAGUCUGUCGUCUCCUCUGGAUAAAUGGGACGAGGUGAACCUGGACGUGGAGGACGGCUGCAGGAGGAGAUACGAGAAGAGAUGCACCUCCCAUCACUCGUCCAGCGAACUGCUGUGGUCUGCAGAGUUUAAAACUGACCCGCAGAACAAGAACUGCUUCGACAUCAUCACAGCUUCGAUGAUCUGGACUUCAUAUCAUCCACAACAGGACUGCGGGGCGUCCAGACAGUGCAGACGGACUCGUUCCCUGAUGGGCAGAAAUGAAUCUCUGGAGGACGAGUUUGUCCGAGCGAAGGCUGCUGUGGAGUCGGACGUUGAGUUCUGGGACAAGAUGCAGGCGGAGUGGGAGGAGUUGGCACGCAGGAACUGGUUGGACGACACCGAGGAUCAGCAGCCAAUCACAGCCUCCGUCUCGCCUGCUGAGAAGGCUUACUUCUUCAACACUAACAACCCGUACAGAGACUGGCCCAACGCCUUCGCUGAGGGUCAGGAGAAAGCUCGGGAGGGAGACCUGAACGCUGCCGUGCUGCUGAUGGAAGCCGCCAUCCUGCAGGACCCUCAGGACUCAGAGGCGUGGCAGGUGCUGGGGAUGACGCAGGCUGAGAACGAGAACGAGCAGGCGGCCAUCGUGUCUCUGCAGAGGUGUCUGGAGCUGAGUCCUAACAACCUGGCGGCUCUGAUGGCGUUGGCGGUGAGCUUCACUAACAGCGGCCUGCAGAGGGAGGCGUGUGACGCGCUGCGCCGCUGGAUCAGCCACAACCCCCGAUACCGACACCUGGUGCAGAGCCGCAGGAGCCCGCUACAGGGUUCCCCGGCCCUGCCGCGUAGGGGCCCCCCCCACGCCACAAAGGGGCGUGUAUGUAGCUCUCAGCUGCAGGAAGUGCUGCUACUGUUUCAGGAAGCGGCUCAUAUGAAUCUGGACUGUGUGGAUCCGGAUCUGCAGACUGGACGCGGCGUUCUGUUCAACCUGAGCUCUGAUUUCAACAAAGCGGUGGAGGCGUUCACUGCUGCACUGUCUGUCAGACCACAGGACUACCUGCUGUGGAACCGCCUCGGCGCCACGCUGGCUAACGGGAACCGCAGUGAGGAGGCGGUGGAGGCUUACACCAGAGCUCUGGAACUACAGCCGGGAUUCAUCCGCUCCAGAUAUAACCUGGGAAUCAGCUGCAUUAACCUGGGAGCUCACAGGGAGGCGGUCAGUAACUUCCUGGCGGCUCUGAACCAGCAGCGGACUCAGCAGCACUGCAGUCUGCAGCAGUCCACCAACAUCUGGACCGCUCUGCGUAUCGCCGUCUCCAUGAUGGACCGGCCGGACCUGGUCCAAGCCGCCAGCCUGGGAGACCUGGACCUGCUGCUGAGGGUCUUCAACCUGGAGGACGUCUGA